AUGAUUGAUUAGUAAACAAAAACACUUGAUUAAAUAUAUGGAUGCAAUUUCAAAAGAGUGCCAUAUCUUUAUGGGGAGAUGGAAGGAACAACUCCCUUCCCCAUUAAUGAAGCAGAUGAGGAUUUGGAUUCUGAUAAAUAAUAGUAAUAAAACUAGCAUAAAAUAAUAUCCCCAAUAUAAUUAAAGUCAUAAUUAAAACCUCUAAUUUAAACCAGAAAAAGAAGACAAACAGUUCACAAAUCCCCUGUAAAUAAGUCUCAAUUUGAUAACCAUAUUGGGUUCAGAAAUUCAUUUUAUAAGAGUAAUAAUAAAGUGAAUCUGGUAUCGAGAUAGCGGGUUGAAGAAUUGAAAAAUUACGAGAUCUCGAUGUUUACUAAAUACGCUCAGAGAUUCUAAUUGUAAAAGCAAGUCCUUUGGAAUUGA